CAGAUUCUGAUCGCAUUUAAUUUAUUUUAUGUAAUAACUACUUUUUACGUUCCACUGAUUAUUUUCAUCAUAUCAAAACCUUGCAAUAUUUUCGACACAAAUCCAGUUUUUAAAAAAUCGAUGGCAAUAAUUGGCACGUUUCUUAUAACUUACCGUCUUCACAACUAA